CAGCCGUUAUUUGAUUUUGUCAUAGUUUCUGUUUGAAACUUUUAAUUCGUAAUUCUUAUGUUAUUAAUACGGUUUAUGUAUAUUACUUGUAAAGUGAUUAGUAAUUCUGUUAUUUAGUGGAAAUUAAAUGCAAGAUAAUAUCAAAAUGAGUUCAGAUAACUCGGAUUCCGGGAGUAUUGCGCUUUCUUUAGUUGCCCAAUUUGAUGAUAUAAAUCGCUUGAAUAAUGUACUUAAUGAUGGAGCUGCAGAAGAAUCGUUCCUGUCCUUCUUAAGUCAAAUGCAAUGGGUAAUGAAUCAAUGGGCUACUGCAGAAGCAGAGGCAGUACGACUGCAGAAGGAGUUGGAUGAAGCUCAUCGCACUCUUACUAAAUCUGAAGCCAAAUUUGCACAUGUACGAAAAAUGUUAGACGGGGAGAAAAGGGAAAAGAAUAUUUAUCUGAAGAAAUACAACGAACAGAGCAAACUUUUAGAUAUGGCAAGAGAUUUACUCUUCAAUGAUAAUCGUGCAAAGCUAAAUGACGAGACACUACAGAAGCUGGCCUUUCUGAAUGGUACUGCACAACAAGAUCACAAUGCUAAGCUGACAGGAGUGCCGGAACUCAACUCCACUGGUACACUACUCUCGGAGAUGUCGUACUCGCGGUCUGAGGACGACCUGGACCUGUCGCUGGCGUCAACGCGGCGCUCGUGGGUGCAGCGCGGCCAGUGGGCGGCGAGGGACCAGCUGCCCAACAAGAAGAGACGCUCCUCCUCAUCCUCGGUUGCCAAGACAGUAGAACUGCAGAGUGGCAAGGUGCUGGCCACCGCUACCACCACCCUGACGCUGGAGCGCGCACCCACCUGCCAGGACCUCAAGCCACCGCAGAACUUCCAACCGAUAUCAGAGAGCAGCGACGAAGGUCCUCCGCCGCGCAAGUCACCGGCGCGUAUGUCCUCCGCGCGUCACCACCCCAUUGAGGUGCACUGCACGCCACCACCACCACCUGCACCCUCUGCACCACCCAAGUCUGAGAGCGAGAGUACAUCAGACAGUCCAGUGCGUGCGCAGACGCAGAGUGCGCGAGCGCCACAGCGCACACCCUCGCUGGUGUCCUCACCUCGCGCACGUCUCCGGCAACACAACUUCGUCGCCAAGAACUUCUACAAGCGUGAGACGUGCGGACCUUGCGGCAAGACUAUAAAGUUCGCGAAGGUGGGAGUGAAGUGCGAGUGGUGUCGUGCGCAGGCGCACCCCGAGUGCCGCGCGCUGCUGCCGCUGCCCUGUGUACCUCCUGGACGAGCUCCACAUCAUCAGGAGGGAGGCAGUAUAUCUGAGUACGCGCCGAGCAGUGCCCCGAUGGUGCCGGCGCUGGUGGUGCACUGCAUCAGUGAGGUGGAGAGGAGAGGUCUCACAGAGCGCGGCAUCUACCGUGUCUGUGCACUCGACAAGGAUGUCAAACGACUCAAGGAACGUUUCCUGCGCGGUUGCGGCUCCCCGCAGCUGUCAGGAGAAGAUAUUCACACAGUGUGCGGCUGCGUGAAGGAGUUCCUGCGGUCUUUGCGAGAGCCGCUGGUGACGUCCGCGCUCUGGACUGACUUCGUGAGUGCGGCUCGUCUGCCGGAGCCUGAUGCUUCAGCAGCUGCUGUACACGCGCUGUCGCAGCUUCCGCAACCCAACAGAGAUACACUCGCCUUCCUCAUGCUGCAUCUGCAGAAGGUGUCAGAGAGUCCAGAGUGUGAGAUGGGUAUAGACAACUUGGCGAAGAUGUUUGCACCAGGUGUUGUUGGCUAUGGCCUGGCCAGUGGUGCAGCAGAGAUGUACAGCGCUACUGCACACAUGUUCAGCGUGAUGCAGCUGUUGUUGAAACUGCCGGGUGACUACUGGGCGCAGUGGGCGUGUCCCGGCUCACCUGCAGCUGCGCACGCGCACGCACACAACAAGCCCAGGGGAUUCUUCUUCUCCCCUGCUGACACAGGAGUUUCGAGAAAGAAGAGAAAUUACUUUCAGUGA